UUUAGAUUUUCAUUUUCGGUGAUUGGCGAACUUUUUACAACAUUAUUUCACUUCUGUGUUAAAGUCAAAGAGAAGAGGUGAAGCUCAAAAUCGCGCUAUGCGUAACUAUCAAAACUUGACUGCGCUGCCACGAUGAUGUCCAAAACGACGCCGCUCACCCGCUCUCUCGUACGCUAGCACCGCCUCAGCCGCUGCAAAAAUUGUCGGCGUUCACGCAUUAGAAGCCAUCUGCGACGCGAGAUGGAGUACCCCUCCCCGCACACGAACUUCUUCCCCCUGACGCUUCCGUCUCCGACGCUGACCUUCGAUCAUGGAGGACGGCAGCAAAGUCAACAGCAGCUCGUGGCGUCUAAUUCCGAAACCGCGGAGGCGCUGCGAGUGGCCGAAGAGAAGAUCCAGGAGAUGGAUAGGCAGUAAGAAGACGUGUUGUUUUAAAUCUCAUCUUGCACCUCACAUGAUAAUGAUUCGGAACGGAAAAUUCAGAUGAAACGUGCGACUUUCUUGAUAGAUCGUCCUUGAAGAUCUUCUUCAUUGCGUCAAAAAAUCCCUUCCUAGGUUCGCCCAGCAAGUUCAGUUGGAAAUGGAGAGGUACCGUGUAGAGCAGGUGGAACCGCAAAUCGAACGCCUUCAUUACGUCAUCCGUGGGCUGGAGGAAGUUGCGCGGCAACGCGACGGAGAACUGACGGAAGCGCGUGAGAUGGUGCAGGAGCUGGAGAUGCGCAACAGCGUUUGCAUGAACGAGCUGCAGCAGGCGCGGACCCCGGGCUCUGCUACAUUCGACGAGGGACUGCUGCAAGAACGUGGGUUCUCAGAGAACCUUGUUCCCGCCCGCAGGUCGAGUUCGUUUUCCGUAAACUACGGCGGAGGAGGAGGUGGAGGAAGAAGCAACAGCAGCCGAAAUUACAACCAUAACGACCAGACGAGAAGCAGAUCCGGUAGCAGCGGAACGCGGCGCAGUCGCACCUGGUCCAAUUCGCGCCCGAAUCGAUCGGACUGCUUCAACGGGCAGGACACGAUUUUCGUCGAUGACAUUGCACUCGACGAACUGCAACAGCACCAGCACUUGACAGAACAUCUUCACCCGAAGAAGAGACUUCACGCCGCCACCGCAUGGCGAAGCAGACUGAUGAAACGCUGCUGCUUUUACCAUUGGAAAACGUUCGGUCGUAAGGCACGCACUUCAUUCCGCCUGCUAGCCCACGCUGCCGUCCGGUACAGCUGGCAGGUUUUCCGGGCGAGAGGGAUCAUGGUAGACAACUACAAUGGCAAGAACACUUUUUACGAUUAUCAGCCCGAUUCAUCCGGAUUAUACAACAACUAUGAUCCGCGGACGCAGUCUUUUCCAAACUACCCUGCAAAAACGCCGAAUUCCUGCACGACUGCAACUUCCGCUGACAACUACACGUUGUACGAAAACGUACCCCAGUAUCCGCUCGACGUGGAGGAUGCGGGUGGCAGCGUCGGGGGGUACAACCACGAGAGGUUUUCCCGCUUUGCGAUUUCGCAGCACAGCAACUUCACCACUGUCCCCCGGGCGGACAUCGCGCUGUUGCACGCGCUCUGUCUCUGCUUCUACAACAAAUACAUCCGGUCGAAAGCGCUGCAAGCCUGGAAAGCGGGGGUCCUGCAGGGACGGGAGAAAAAGCGACACAACGCCUUUCAGCUGGACCUCGCUGCGCAGACCGAACAUGCACGGGCGCAGAACCGCCGCGUAAGGUCGCACAACCGUAAAACUGCGAUGACCUUCGCGAACGUCCGCGAUUUUCUGCAGUUGAAAAACGUGUUUUGCGCUUGGACUCGCAUCACGUACGAAAUGAAAGACGUGGUGGCGCGGCAGCACGAAUUUUUGGACGACAUGCGCGAGCGUUUGGAGGAGCAAGCGUUGUUGCGUAAUGCGGUAAAAGGAUGGUUUGCAGUUCCGUCCAAGAGAAAGCAGAGGUCGCAGCGAGCUACGGUGUGUGGAAAACUGUUGGAAAACGUCUCGAAGCGAUUCGUCUUGACUGCCUGGGGAAAGCAGGCGGAGAAAGAAAAAGCUGCUCGUGCCGGGAGCGCAAUCCGGAGGAGAGCGGUGUCUUUUUUGGCGAAGAAGGCGAACACACAACUUUUGCGCACAGCACUCGGGCAAUGGCAAGACGAGGUGAAUGAACAGGCGAGCCAGCGGCUGAACCGAUUGAAUCAUGAGAUGAAAGCCGAAUCGGCGAAAGCAGCCUACAUCGAUCUAUUGCGGAAGAAAUUACAGGCGGAAAAGAAAGCAGCGCUUCGCACUUGGAGCUCGCUCUCCAUGUCGCUGAACGCUCGACGUGCGUUUGUCCUCCCAAGAGCAGAACGACAUUGCGCCGCGACAGCGUUUGCUGUUUGGCGAGCCACCGCUGCUCCCCCGCUUCGUUCCCGGAAGUUGGGGUUUACGCGAACCGUUUUCGAUUCCUGGCGCCAGUACUGUUUGCGGACCUCUGUGGCCUCGAAUUCCAUCGAAAUUGGCAGCAAAGUUCAGAAAAGAGCCUUCCUCCACGACCUGUUCGCUUCGUGGCAGAAGAGCGCAGCUGAAGGAUUGUCGUCUUCUCGCAUCUGCAACGCCACCGCCGCGCCAUUCUCGGCCUGCAGAACCCAUCCAAGGCUUCUCCCACAAGCAAUUUUUGCGAAUUGGGUCACGGCGGCCCAGAAAACGAGAGCGGACAGGAUUCAAGCCAGGCUGGACCUUCUACGGGCGAAGUACAUAACGGAUCGCGCGAGGCAAAAAACCUUGCAAAUUGCCUUCGCCUUGUGGCGAACAGCAAAGUGCGAGACGACGAAGGAAAGGAAGCAGUACACGGAUGAAAAGCAGCAAACCAACUUCGACCGAAUGCUGCAAAGGGAUCGACACCUUCGUCAGCAGUACUUGCGUGUUUGCACGACCCGCGAAAUCGAGGAGCUGCAACGAUUCUUCUUCCAGUUUUGGGCGGCAAUUACCAGGCAGGAAGCCCGAUUCAAUGCACGGGAUGCAGAAGACCGCAGACUGGUGAGCACUUUCUCGUUGGCGAAACUCCAAGCACAGCGCCCGUUUCUCCGCCUUCUGCACGACGACAUUUUUCACUUGAACACGCAGCUGGUGUUCUACGGAUGGAAAACGCAAGUCGCGGGCGCAAGGAAGGUUCUGGACUUCGAUCCGCCGAAGAACUCUGUUGUUCAACAGGCCGUUUGUGGAGAUCAACAGCAGGACAAGGAGAACAAAGUCGCUGCAAUUGAUAACAAGGACCUGUUACGGCAAAGCAAUGAAUCACCAAGCAAAAAGGCUCUCUCCUCGCUCGCGAACAGAAGUCCGGAGACGAAGUUUCUGAAUCGCCCACUGCAGGAACUAGAAACGAGCUCAGGUAUUAGCUCCCCCGCAAGAGGAGCUGCGAGAAUUUCCUCGAAGUUGCUGAAGUUCGGUCCGAAAAGUCCGAACAUCUCGGCGAUUGGCUUCCCGCCCGCGAUGCAGAAUCAUCACCAGAUCAACGUGGACUGGAGCGCGUCCAUCGUCCAUCCGGAAGUAGAGAUGACGCAGCUGAUGCAACUCCAGAAGAAGCAAACAAGUUUGUUCGUGACCACAUGCGAGUCGGUGUACCAGAAGGUCGCAGAUCGGGACUUGCUACUUUUGCUGUUCAAGACCUGGGUAGCGUACGCAGAGAAGAAAAAACGCACGAAGGCCCACACGGGGCAACUGCGCGAGCUGCGAGAAACAACACUGAAUCUCGUUGCCGACAUCCUCCAACGAGACUCCGCAAAAAAGCGACAGAAAACCGCUUUCGAAGCGUUUCGCCUAAUACGGAACAAUCGGGGUUCUUUGGUUGUACGAGAAAGACCCGACGGUGGUCCUCGUCCAUUGGUGCAGCAGCAGAAGGAGCAAAAUAAUCCACAAGCCGCCACCUCCGCUAUGGAGGGUUCUUCGCAGCUAGUAGCCGCGCCAAAAGCAUCAAAACCUGCAGAAUCGCCAGAACAGCAAGCCGUUGAGCUUUUCCCUGCGGAAAUAGAGCAACCACAAGUGCCGUCUCCCAUAGAAGAACUAGAGUACAACACGACCCCAAUCGAAGCAGACAAUCAGCGAUAUGAUCCGCGUGUGGAACCAAGCUUCUCUGUUCGCAUCGACAACCUGAAAAGCACAGCGUCUCCCGCCUCCUAUACUACCGCAAACCGAGCGACGACGAAGCGCCGCCACUCGACCGCUGGCAUCAGGACGAAAACCAAUUACACACAGCAACCUCAACAACCUCGGCGAUCGACCAUUCUGGCACCAACCCCAACCGCGUAUCUGGAAGAGCCAGCGCGCAGCUCGAGUAUGAUCGACGCCGCGACGAAGGACACCUACAUCCGCGUGUUGAAUUCCUCGCGCACAACGCGUUCCAGGCUGUCCACACGGGCACAACAAGACCAAAACUUCUCUUUGCAGGCAUUGAAUGUCGGUUUUCAGCCGUUCACGUAAAGAAGACAGAAUCAAAUGCCGCACUGGAAGAGGAGGAGGUCAUCGAAACUGUAUUGAUGAAGGUCUAGUGUGGUAUGUGAAUAAAAACCAAAACUAUCAAAUAGAAGAUGGUGGUCGAACCACAGUCUGACAUGUCGUUCCGAGUUAAUUAUGGCGCUCUGUUUUCCUCGUCCUCCACGCUACCAAAACAAA